AUGGUUCUCCAAGACCUACAGUCUCCAAUACUUACUGGGGAAUUCAAGAAUACUCGUUUCAAAAUAAAUGGAGGUUCUGGAAUAUUCUAUCUGUCAAUUGGAAACAUUCUACCAUCUGACGAAGGAUUUUACUUCUGUGGGAACAUAAAUAGUUUUGAUCUACAGUAUGGAAGUGGAACAUAUCUGAAAGUGAAAGAUGAAAAUCACAUAAACCGCUCCAUUACAAAAGUGAUCCAAGACCCAGUAUCAGGCCCGGUUUCCCCAGGAGGAUCAGUGACACUGGAGUGUGUGGUGCAGACUGAGAGCAGAACAGAAGAGCUCAGUGUGUUCUGGUUCCGACCUGCUUCAGGAGCUUCCCAUCCAGGCCUCAUUUACAUCAACAAGAGCAGCAGUGGUCAGUGUGAGGGCCGCUGUGUCUACACUCUCUCAAAGAAGGACGUCGACAUCACUGAUGCUGGAACUUACUACUGUGCCAUAGCUACCAGUGGACACAUACUCUUUGGAAAUGGCACAACACUCAGACUGACUGAGCCAGUGAAUACUGUGCUGGUUGGUCUGGUUGUGGCUUUGGGCUGUAUCUGUGUUGUACUCGCCUGCUGUCUGGCUUGGCUGAUCUGCAAGAGUAAAGCAGCUACCUGCAAGACCAGUGAAAACAUUGGCAUCUACAAUGACCAUGAUCUUACUUUUGACUGCACACCUAUGAUUCAAGAUGAAAAUCUCUUCAUGUGUGUUAUCUACAAGAUCAAGAACUAG